CAGACGGAGCGCUCCGUGCCCCGCAGGGCUUCAGCCCUCUUCCCCCACCGAUCCCCGCUUCCCCGCGGGGAGAGGAUUCCAACCUUCCCUCAAAAACUGCUAACCAGGGCACGGGGGAAGCAAAGGAAGCCCGUGGGGCAGGGCAGGGACGAACACGGGCUGCGGAGGUGCCGGCCUCUGAGACGGCGAGGGGAAUAUGGCGCUGAGGGGAGCGCGGGGCUGAGGAGAAGCCGCGGCCCUGAGGGGAGCGCGGGGCUGAGGAGAAGCCGCGGCCCUGAGGGGAGGCCGCGGCUCGGCGGGGCUGACAGGCCCGUCCCCGCUCGGGCCCCGCUGCCCCGGAAGAGGCGGAGCGGGCGGAGGACGGCGGCGGCGGCGGCCCCACGUGCGGCAGCGGAGGCAUGGCGGAGCUGGGGGGCCAGGGCGGCGGCGUGGUGGCCGACCCCCGCGGGGUGCUGCGGCAGGGCCGCGCCUUCCUCGACUUCUUCUGGGACAUCGCCAAGCCGGAGCAGGAGGUGCGGCUGGCGGCCACCGAGAACCUCCUGCGGCACCUAAAGGAAGGCAGGAAGGACGACGAGCUGAAGUACACCCUCAAGCGUCUGGUGGAAGGGCUGGGAGCCACCCGCGAGGCCGCCCGCCCGGGCUUCAGCCUGGCCCUGGCGCAGGUUCUGCAAGCUUUUGAGGAAAUUCCAAUGUGCAGUGUCCUGGAACAGAUAAAAGAAAAACACAAUCUGGAAAAAGUGAAAAAGAAACUUGUGAGAAAUGCUGCUUUUGGAAACUUUUUUGGAGUUGUGGCUCUGUUUCAAUCUGGCCGGCUUAUUAAGGACCGGAAAGCUCUGCUGGAGAGCAUCCAGCUUCUCCAGCAGCUGGCACAUCACCAAGCACACCUCAGAGAUCUCCCUCGCAAAACUCUUAUUGACAUCAUGUCUGAGGUUCCUGAAGCUGUGUUUGAGGAGGUCCUGUUUGGUAUCUUGCAAAGUGACCUUGCUUCAGCCUUCACAUCUCCAGACAACCUGCACCUUUUGCUUGUGGGCAUACAGAAAUUCCCUAGUGUUCUGAAACCUAAAAAUCUGAAGAAGCUAUUUGGCUCACCUACUGUUGUAAAUGAGAAAAAUAUUCCCAGACUUGUAGAGCUUCUGCAAAGUGCUGCCAAGUCUGAGAAGAAGGACAAGAAAUUGCCCAGUGUAGUGUUUGAUGUGCUACGAGUUUCACUGAAGGAAGGUGCCUUUGAACUGUUCUGGAAAGAAGGUGUGGAGAAUGGGCUAUUGAAGGAGAAAUCGGGACCUGUGAGUUACAUGUGCUACCGGUUGCUGGGCAGUGCUCUCCCCUUGUUGUCUCUGGAUCAGCUACAGAUGGUUCUCAAAGGGAAAGUGAUGCAGCAGUAUGGAGAACAUGUUGUAACGACUCAGCUUCCAGACCGAUUUAAGUUUGCUCCAGAGAUGGAAGGAUAUAUAGAUGAAUUUCUGAACAGCUGUGAUGACCUGGAGAGGCAGCUGGCAGUGAUGAUCGGCUUCUCUACUCUCACCAAUCAAGGCUAUCCAGUGUUGUCCAGCUCUUCCAGGGUAGUCAGACACCUGCAGCCAGUGGCAUUGCAAAAAUAUGUUGACUGGCUCAAAGACAUGUUCCUCAGGCCAGACUUUGACUGUUGUUUAGACUUCUCAAGUAACCGGCAAAAACAGAACCAGGAGAAUGUAAACAUACCACAACAUAAGAUUGCUCGAUUAAGAAAAUGGAUCAUCCACCGACUUGCUAACAUCAUUGAAAGUCCAGUGAAAAAAGAAGAGAGCCUUGUGAUGGACAUUUCCAGGUUUUGCUUCUUCCAUGCUUUCUUUGAGACUAAGAAAAAGACUUCCCAAAUAUGUGAGGCGAAUGUCCUUCCAUCAGACCCCUUAGAUGAAGAGGCUCAUUCAGUGGCAGAAAACUACUUCUUUGGGUUACUUCAGACUUUAAACACCUUGACUGUUUUGGGGGAUACAGCAAAGGCUGCAGCCUUGAGGGAGAAGCAUAUCCAUGGUGUGACUGCAGAUGGGAAGCUGUGGAUCUUUCUCCUUGUUGAGUAUGCUAACAAGCUGCUCUCCAGUGAGCAUGUCAAAGCUGUGAAGCCUUUUACCAAGGGACAGAGGGAUGCCUGGGAGAGAACACUUCAGUCUGUGAAGAAUCUGCAGAAGAAGGAAAAUAAAUCAGACAGUGCCAAAGUCAUUGCUUUCCAGCAACUUCUGCUUUUAAUGGCCAUUCAUCUUUUCAAGGAUCAGUCUGAAACAAUGGAUAUUCUGAGUGACCUUCUGAACUGCACAGAGAAGGCAUUCAGCAAAGAACCUAAGAAGAAAAAGACUGACAAUGCAGAGCCAGGAUGGGUUGAGGUGAUGGUGGAAAUCCUUCUCUCCCUCCUUGCCCAGCCCAGCCUACUCGUACGUCGGAUUUCCAAGAGCGUGUUUGUACGGAUAUGCCCUAACCUGACCAAGAGGGGCUUGCAGCUAAUCCUGGAUGUUCUUGACCCAUACCAAGAGCAAAAUGAAGAAAGUGCUGUUGUUGUGAUGGAAGAAUCAGAGAAGAAGAUCAAAUCUGCACAGGACACGGAUGAGGAAGGAAGUGAGGACUCCUCAGAUGAAGGCGACACUGAGGAAGAAAAUGACAGUGAAGAUGAGGAAAAGAAUGAAGAAGUUGAUGAUGAUUUUCGCACCCAGCUGAUGAAUGUUCUCCAAGCAGGGAAUGCAUUGGGAGGAGAUGAGAGUGAUGAAGAGCUGGAUGAUGAGGCUAUGAUGGCUCUUGACAAGAAUAUCUCAGCCCUUUUUGCGGAGCAGCAAAAACGGAUCCAGGCGAAGAAGGAUGAGAAAGACAGGAUGCGGAAAGAGAAGAUCCUACGGAGGGAUUUCAAGAUUAAGGUGCUGGAUCUGAUUGAAGCAUUCCUGACUAAGCAAUCAGAGAACCCCUUGGUGUUUGAUGUCAUUGAGCCCCUGCUUCGGGUGAUUGAACAAUGCAUGAGCUCAGACUCUGACAAGCAGGAGAUUGACUUCCUCCAGAAAACAGCCAAUAUCUUCAAGAACUCAUUGUGCCGAACUAAGCAGUACUGCAAGAGAGUGGAUGCCCUGAAAGAAGAUUUGCAUGCUUUUGUGGAGAGGCUUGUGAAGAAAGCCUGCAAGCACACUGACUCUUCAGUGGCUCUCUAUUAUUUCAGUGCCUCAUUAUACCUGCUCAAAGUGUUGAGAGGAAACACGUCCGAUAAGUCAUCAACUCCUGCUACCCCUCUGCCAGAGAAACAGAGCAACACCAUCCCGCAGGCUUGUCAGCUUUUGAGCACAGGUUGUUUGGAUAUGGAGAGGGUGACUGUAAUAUAUCAGCAAGCACUGACGCAAUUCUUGACUAAACGGAACAGUGCCCUUACAAGCUCCAUGUUCCAUGAUCUCUUCAGACGCUUCCCGAUCAUGUGUAAGCCAUUAGUAGAUACGCUUGUCAAGUCUAUCACAGCAGGAGCCAGGCAACAUCAGCAGGCCCAGGCGUGUUUGCUUCUCCAGAAGGUUCUGCUACUUCGUGAGCUGAAGCUCUUCGUAACAGAGGAGGAGUGGGAGGAAUUGAUCAGGGAAAGCAUCAGCCAAGUGACAGAGAGUCUGAAAAUGGUUGGCAAGUGUAUUGUGAAGGCUGAUAAAGAGAAAGUUGCCAAGAGCUUGGAGCUGUUGAACAUCCUCCUCAAAACUGUGACGGAGCAGAAGCUGCGUGUGAAGUUGACGGAGUUGGACAAAGUGCUGGUAGCUCUGAACCAGCCAGAAGGCAUUGGGAAUUCAGCACGUCUUGACUCUCUCUACUGGAAUGUCAUGCGCUGGCUGAAUUACACGAAGCCCAAGAAAGAGAAGACAGCCAAUAAGCCUGCGCAAGAAGCAGAGCCACUUAAGCGGAAGAAGAAAGGCUUUCUGCCAGAGACCAAGAAACGCAAGAAUCGCAAGAAAGGCAUCGAGGAGAAUGGGGUAGCACCAGUAGCUAGUGAAGAUGGAGAACCAGCAGCCCCAGAGGAGCAGCUCCUGGGAACAGAAACCCCCAAGCAGAAAAAAGGCCUUGUGCCCAGUAGCAGCAAACACAAGAAUCGGAACAGAGGGGUCAGGGAGAAUGGAGUGCCAGUGACGGGCAGUGGGGAGGAAGCUGUUAAUGGAGGAGAUGCUGUGGCUGACAAGAAGAAGAAGAAGAAGAAUAUGAACAGAAAAAGAAAAGGUGAUGCAGGCAAUGAAGCCGAGCAGGUUCCAGCUGCUAAGAAAACCAAGGGGAGUGUCAGCCAGGAGAUCCAGCAGAAGCAGGGCAAAGCCAACCAGCAGAAGCAGGGCAAAGCCAAAAAGAAAAGAAAAGAGAAAAAAACUCCAGUGCCACAGGAGUAAACUCCAUGGACUCACCCAGGCCUGACAUGGCUAGCAUGGCUCAGAGGACUGUUUUAAUAUCUUUUAUAACUAUAGUUUUUAUGUCCUCCAUGACUUUAAAUAAACCUUCCAUGAUGCUGAGCUCUAAA